GCGGAGGGCGACCACUGGGCUGCCAUGGGCGACUGGAACAUGGAGGCGGACGUCCUGGACUUUGGCUGGGUCCGCAAGCUGCGAGCGCAGAUUCGGGUCGCGGACGCCCCCACUUGCAGACAGGGCAGCGGCUCCAAGAUUGACUACGUCGUGGUGUCCAAGAGCCUGGCGUGCUUUGCGGCGGCGCCCCCGUUGCUGGACAGGGACGCCAGCACGUGGCCCCACUGGCCCGUCCACCUGCCGCUGCGGUCGGUGCGCGUGGAGGAGGCCGCAAAGUCUGGCUGCGCCCGCGGCCUUUGGCGCUGGACGGAGGUGAUGCGCUGCGUCCAGGCCACGCACGACGGCCAAGGCCUGCAGAUCAUCUGGGGUCUACUAUUGGAAGGGGUCGAGACGGAGAUCCUCAACAGGCGGGACUUGGUGGGGCCCGCCCGCCGCACCUUCGCAGGGCGUGGCACGCAGGGGGAGGAUGCUGGCUUGAAAUGGGAGCUGGCGCAGUGGAGGCCACCCCAGAAGCGGGAGCUGCGGGGGCCAGAGGCCCAUGCCUGGGCGGCGCUGGCUGGGUGUGCGUCCGAGCUCCUCAGCAAACGGGACCGCCUGGCCAAGCUGCUGGCAGCCUUGGACAGCCACAGGCAGGAAGAAGGCAGAGCGGCGGCGGCGGCGAGGGACAAGUGCAUGAAGCCGAUUGCGGCCACCCUGGCGCACCUCAGGAUGUUCGUGGCAAACAUCGGGGACCACGUGCGCUGGCGCAUCCUGCCGCCCUGGGCGCAACGGCCUUUCCGAGCCGACGCCAACUGGACAGAGACCGACUUCGAGCGCGACCUCAAGCGUGCGCUGGCCGAGGCGCAGGGGAGGCAGCGGAAGAUGGUUCAGGCCGACGAGGCCCGCUGGAAGAAGUGGGUGGAUGAGGCCUUCCUGGGCGGCGCUGGCGCGGCGCACGCGACCUCCAAGGCCCCUGUGCUUCAGGAGGUGCUGCCCGCGCUGCAAGCGGAAGGUUCGGCGGCCUUAGUGGACAGGGAGAUGAAGCCGUGGAUCGACAUCUGGAACUACCACGGCCUCACCAGCAUGGUGCUACCGAGCGACGCGCACACGUGGGACGCGCUGCCGCCACUGCAGCUGCACGAUGUCCACGAUGUGCUCCGCUCUUUCCCCUGGCGCACAGGGGUGGGCCAGCCGGGCAUUCCGCCGAGGGCGCUGGAAGACCUCUCCGAUGACGCCCUGCACGUCAUGAUUGCGGUCUUCCACAAGUGCGAAGAGCCCCUUGUGUGGCCGAGCGGCCGCCUCAUCAACACCAUGGUGAGGCUGCCCAAGCCUGAGGGUGGCUGCAGGCUGCUCGGCCUCAUGCCGACCUUGGUGAGAGUGUGGGGUCGAGCGCGAAGGCCCAUCACCAAGGCCUGGGAGCCUGCCCACCCCUCGUCCCUGGUCUGGGGCACGGGCCCUGGCCGCUCGAGCUCUGGCUCCGCGUGCGAGCUGAACCUGGCCAAGGAGCAGGCUCGCCUCGGCGGCUGGGAUUCUGCCCAAGCUGCCCUCGACCUCUGGAAGGCCUACGAGAUGGUGGCUCCUGAGGCUCAGCUCGUGGAGGCCCGCGCGCUGGGGUUCCCCCUGGGGCUGGCGUGGAUGCUGCUUAGCACCUAUCGGCAGCCACGGACGCUGGCGGCUUUCAACACCACGUCGGACCUCUUCGUGGCCUGGCAGGGGAACAUCGCCGGUUGCGGCCACGCCAACUCGCUGCUGCUGGUGCUUACGCUCCGUGCGCUGCAGCGGGCGCAUUCCAUUGCGCCAUCGGUGACGCCGCGCGGCCUCGUGGACGACGUCACCCUGGACUGGAGCAGCCUCGUGGCGUGCCCGACGACAGCCUCUCCGAGGGGCCUCGCUGAGAAGUUCAGGAUGCGCAACCUAGGGCACGAGCUCCACGGGCGAAAGGUGCUCCGCACGCAGGGGAAACGCCGACUGCAAGCCCUCGCGGCCAGGCGCAGCCGAGUGGCCAUGCUCAGGCGGGCUGCUGGGAGGCGCGCGGCGGCGCUGGUCGCCACGGGGCUUUCCCCGUCGGCUGGCCAUGGCGCUGGCGUGGCUGGCCUGGCGGAUCGGCCGCUGGCACAGCUGUGUACGCUGGCGGCGGUCACGGCGGGGGCCAAGGCGGGCUGUGGCACCGCCGCGGUCAUGCUGCUGCAGCGGCGCGUGGACGACCCCAUCUACGCGGCCACCAUCCCGCUGGUGAUGCGUUUGACCAGCCGCAUCUGGGAGGGCCGAGGCUCCCCUGCCAGCCUGAACGCUAGCCGGCGCAAGCUGGCUGAGGCGGUGCGAGCGGGCACUCUGUCUUGGGCUACGGCGCACGGCCCGCUCGGGGCCACGUGGCUCGCACUCGGCCGCAUCGGCUGGACCAUGACAGCAGCUUGGGCCCUGCAGACCGACCUGGGCGAUACGCUGUCCAUGCUGCGGGUUGCCCCUCGGGACAUCAAGGACGCGCUGGUGGAGGGCAUCCAGCGCUGGCAGUGCAGGCGGCUGGUGGCCCAGUUGCCCGAGGGCCAGGGCGAGACCCUUUGGCCUAGGGCCGUCCGAGCCAUUGCGAGCAGAGCACGGCCUGCGGCGGAGCUGGGGGCCAUCCAAGCGGUGUGGGCAGGAGGGCACUUCACCAAUGCCUGGAGGUACGCCCGCGGCUACACCGACUUCGACGUGCGCCAGGCCUGCGGGGGGGCCAAGGACACGCUGAUGCACAGGUGGUGUGUAUGUCCUGCUCUCAUGGUGCCGCGGGACGACGAGCUGGAGCACGAGGAGCCGUUCCACAAGCCGAUCGUGGCGAUGCGCCACCAGCUGGAGGAUGCCGAGCAGAAGUGGACCAUCGGGGACAGCGAGCUGCCGCUGGCGUACGGCCUGCCGCUGCUGCCAGCGAUGCCGCCGCCUGCGCCGUCGGACAACGUGGUCAUCGAGUGGAGCGCCACGCAGGUGGGGCGGCCGUCGGUGGUCUACACGGAUGGCUCAGCACACGCCUCCCAAGUCCCUGAGGCGCGCAGGUGUGGGUGGGCUGCAGUUGCCCUCAGGCCCGAUGGGCCCCCUCUCAAGGCGGCCUACGGCCCGCUGCCUGGGCCACGCCAGACAGUGGGGAGGGCGGAGCGGCAUGCGUGCCUCGCGCCGCUGGCGCAGGCGGGCUCCGUCCAGGUCAUCGUCAGCGACCUGCAGUCCCCAGUCACGGAGGGCAACAGCUGGUCCCCGACGGCGCAGUCGGCCAGAGCACGGCACGCCAGCAUCUGGCGCCAGCUCCACGCGGCCGCGGCGAGGCGCGAUGGGCCGCCGCCGCGCUUCCGCUGGGUGCCUGCCCACCGCAGCCUCCAGCAAGCGCUGGCCGAGGGCUUGCGGCCCUUGGGCUGGCUUGGGAGCUGCUGGGCUGACUUAUUCGCCAACCUCGGCGCUGCAGAGACCAGGCUGCCGAACAACACGGCGGAGGCGCUGCGCGCGGAGCUCCAGCGCGCCCUGGACACGGCCACGUACCUGGGCUGGGCGGCGGCGCGCAUCUGCCAGCUGGACCUGUGGGGGCCCCUCGGGGAAGACGGCAGGCUCCAGCGCCGGCAUGUCUGGAGGGAGCCAGCUGCCCCGAAGCUCAGCCUCACGCGGCACGAGUACCAAGCCAUCAGCUCAUGCGGGGUGCAAUGCGUGCACUGCGGGCGCGAGGCCUACACGGCCAAGGCACGGGCGCUGCUGGAUUGCAGGCCUUGCCAGCCCACGGAGCUGGGCAGGUUGCGGGCCCGCUGCCGUCAGGAUCGACCGCCGGCUAGCUCUGCAGCGGUCAACGCGAGCCUGCAGGCGGCUGAGCGCCUGGAGGAGGAGGAGCUCCCGCCCACGAAUGGGGCGCCCACCGCGGCAGACUGCCAGAGGAGGACGAUGCAGCAGAAGAUCGACUACUUGCUGGAGGCGGCCAAGGGCGCCCCUACCGCUGGGCCUGCUGACGCCGAGGCUGCUGAGACGCCACAGGCCGCCCUGUGCACGCUGGCUAGCUCUUGGAUCGUCGACCUGAUGGAUCAGAGCCUAGCCUACGCGUCCUGGAUGGAGGAGUGCGUCGAUUACGUGUACAGGAUGCUGGACGAGGCGGCCUACCGCGGCUUCUUCGUGCACAACAGCGCCGAGACGCGCAGCGCGGAGCGGCUGAGGCGGGCCGGGGAGUUCUGCGAGCGCGGCUGGCGGGGCGGCGGGCCGUUCAGGGAGGCCCACAUCGACGAGGCGCUCCAGCUGGAGGGCGAGGCCAGGCGGGUCAAGCUCCAGCGUCUGCGGGGCUACCGCGCCGCGGCGCGGGCCUUCCUGUGCGACCGCGGCAGCGCGCAGCACGCCGGGGGAAGGGCCCUGCGGGCGGCCAAGCCGCGCCGCAGGGGCCGACGCUGCCGCGGCCAGGAGGCGUCGACGAGGGGCCACAGCGGCCCGUGGGCCCGCGGGCUCACCCCGCCCAACGGCGCAGGGCGGGGCCCACCUGCGAACCACAGCGGGUCCGAGCCCAACAGCAGCCCCGACCCUGAUGCCGCGGUCGGCCUCGAGGUCCAGCGCAGCAUGCUGAGGGCCUUCGCGGGCUGCUGGGCGUUCGACCUGCGCAACUCGGAUGCCGCGGAGGACGGCUGGAUGGCCUGGGCGGCGCAGUAUGCCCUCACUUGGCCGGCUAGGCCCGAGAAUGGGGACGCGGGGGCAGUGGCCACGAGGCGCGCAGGCUCCAUAGGCCUGCGGGCGCUGGUCCAGGCGAUGGUCAGGCAGGCGUGGCUCAUGAAAGCAGAUGUGCGGCGCAUCACCGUGGGGCACUUGAUGGGCCUGGCGACCCUGGAGGAGUGGUUGCACGCUGCCGCCAUGCAGUGGGCCACGCUCGACGAGGUCUGCAGCGCCAUGGAGGACAUCAUCGGCGAGGCAGCGGUCAACCUGUCUGCGCUUCCUGGCUUUGCUGGCACCUGGCGCAACCCGCAGCUGCCGCUGGUGAACGUGAUGCAGGGCACUCCCGAUGACCAGGGCAGCGGCAGUGACGACGAGGACGGCUGGCCGCACCCUGACGCGGCGCCGUCGGGGCUGCCUCCGCCCCCGCCUGCGGCCGCGGUGGAGCAGGAGGCGCUGCUGCAGCCAGCGCAGGCGGCUCAGGACGAUCGCGGCGAAGCCGAGGCUGCUGGGUACGACGAUCCUGUGCGAUCUGACGGAGAAGGCGAGGCUGCUGCGGCUUGCGGGGCGGGGGGCCUCCCCGUGGCGGCUGCCUGCGCCCUGGCGGCGGUGGCUGCGGCGGCCGCCGUGCCUGGCGAGUGCGGCGGCGGUGGCCAG